AUGUCAAUCGCUACUUCAAAGCAGGGGAAGGACCUUUGUGUCGGCACCGACAAGCAUCGAUGGUGGAAAGAAUCCAUCGUAUAUCAAAUCUACCCAGCAUCCUUUCUCGACACCAACGCCGAUGGCUGGGGUGACAUCCCUGGCAUCAUUCAGAAAAUCGACUAUCUCAAAGACCUCGGCGUGGACGUAGUCUGGCUCUCACCAAUCUACAAGUCGCCCCAAGCCGACAUGGGCUACGACAUUGCCGACUACAAAGACAUCGACCCCAGCUAUGGUACUCUUGCAGAUGUCGACAAUCUAAUUUCCGAACUCAGGAAGCGUGACAUGAAACUCGUCAUGGACCUGGUUGUAAACCACACCUCGGAAGAACAUGCCUGGUUUCUCGAAUCCCGCUCGUCCAAGGACAACCCAAAGCGCGAUUGGUACAUUUGGAAACCCGCAAAGUAUGACGAAAAUGGUAAUCGCCACCCCCCCAACAACUGGGCGCAGAUUCUCGGCGAAGCAAACUCGGCAUGGACGUGGGAGGAGAAGACGCAGGAGUACUAUCUCUCUCUAUUCACGCCUGAACAGCCGGACCUCAACUGGGAGAACCCCGCUGUACGAGCUGCUGUCCAUGACGUCCUCCGGUUCUGGCUCGAUCGCGGCGUCAGCGGAUUCCGUAUGGAUGUCAUCAACCUCAUCUCCAAAGUCCAAUCUUUCCCCGACGCAGACGUGGUAGUGGAGAACCACGAGUAUCAGCCAGGCGCUGCCCACUACGCCAACGGCCCACGUCUCCACGAAUGGCUCAAAGACCUGCGCCGCGAAGUGCUGGACAAAUACGACACCCUUACUGUCGGCGAGAUGCCCUUUGUCCGCGACGAAGACGAGGUGAUUCGCGUCGUUGGCGCCGACUCGGGAGAGCUAAACAUGAUUUUCAACUUUGAUCUCGUCGACAUUGACAACGUGCCCGGCGACUUCAAGUACACCUUGCACCCCUGGAACGCGGUCGAUGUCAAGAAAAUCAUAAACAGACUCCAACGCUUGAUGCUGGAGCGGGAUGGCUGGAACACGCUGUACGUGGAGAACCACGACCAGCCACGCAGCAUAAGCCGGUACACCGACGACAGCGACGAAUGGCGCGAGUACGGCGCAAAACUGCUCUGUCUGAUGCAGACCACGCUCGCCGGCACCCUGUACAUCUACCAGGGUGAAGAAAUCGGCAUGCGCAACAUCCCCGCCACCUGGGCACCCGAAGAAUACAAAGACAUUGAAUCCAUCAACCUUUUCAAAAAGUCUGCUCCUCCCCCCAUGCUACAUCUGCCCUCCAUCUCAUCUACAGCACUAACAUCACUCCCAACCCACAGAUACCGCACUCUCUACCCAGGAGACCCGGCAAAGCAAAAAGAAGCAGCACACAUCAUGCAACGCAAAGCCCGCGACUCGGCACGCACACCCGUACAAUGGUCCUCUGCACCCCAUGCCGGCUUCACCGCUCCAACCGCUACACCCUGGAUGCGCGUCAACGACGACUACCACGCCGUAAACAUCGCCGCCCAACUGGCCAACCCCACACCCACACCCGGCACCCUAUCCGUCCACGCCUUCUGGCGCCGCGCAUUGGCGCACAGGAAGCAGCACAAGCAAGUCUUUGUAUACGGGGAUUUCGAGAUGUUGGAUCUGCAGCAUGAAAAGGUGGUUGCGUUUCGGCGGUGGGGUGGCGACGAGGGGUUUGUCACGGUUUUGAAUGUUAGUGGCGAGGAGGUGGGGUGGGGUGGGUUGGGGCAUGUCAGGGUGAGGAAGUGGGUUGCGGGGAAUUAUGAGGAGAGGGAGUUGGAGCAGAGGGCGAGGAGUGGGGAGUUGGUGUUGAGGCCUUGGGAGGGCUUGUUGGGGAUGUUGGCAUAG